GCUGCUCUUAUCAACUUAUCAUAUAAAGAGCGGAGAGUGGCCGAUUCGGAUCCUGAUCCCGACACUGCAGGCUCUGGGGCAGAGACAAAGAGGCAGCAACUCCCCUCUGUGGGCGAGCACAGCCCUCCCCGGGGAGCAGGGUGCACUCCCGGCUGCAGGGACAGCUCCCCAGGACAGACAGACAGGCAGCCCGGGACUGGCUCCGCUCCUGCUGCUGGGAGAGCGGGGACGCGGCUCGGCGGAUGGACCCUAAGCCGAGCGGCUGAGCCCUGGUCGCAGAGGGCAGCCCACGACCGUGUCCCAUGCGCCCUGCGGCUCGCUGAGCCGUCUUCCCCAGGCAGGAACAAUGUGGCCGAUUGUCCUCCUAACUCUGAGCUGGGACCUGCUCCCGGCCGCCGCCUACAACAGCUUUCGGAGGAGCAUGGACAGCGGGGGCCGGCGGCAGUACCAGGUCCAGCAGGGCGCCUGCAGCUACACGUUCCUGCUGCCCGAGGCGGACAACUGCCGCCCGCCCGCCGGCUCCUACGUGCCCAACUCCGUGCAGAGGGACGCGCCCCUCGACUACGACGACUCCGCGCAGCGGCUGCAGGUGCUGGAGAACAUCAUGGAAAACAACACGCAGUGGCUGAUGAAGCUGGAGACCUACAUCCAGGACAGCAUGAGGAAGGAGAUGGCGGAGAUGCAGCAGAACGCGGUCCAGAACCAGACGGCGGUGAUGCUGGAGAUCGGAACGAACCUGCUCAAUCAGACGGCGGAGCAGACGCGCAAGCUCACCGACGUCGAGGCCCAGGUAUUAAAUCAGACAACGAGGCUUGAGCUCCAGCUUCUGGAACAUUCCCUCUCCACCAACAAACUGGAGAAACAGAUUCUGGACCAGACCAGUGAAAUCAACAAGCUGCAGGACCAGAACAGCUUCCUGGAGAAGAGGGUGCUGGACAUGGAGGACAAGCACGUUGUCCAGCUCCAGUCCAUGAAGGACGAGAAAGACCAGCUGCAGGCCCUAGUGUCCAAGCAGAACUCCAUCAUCGAGGAGCUGGAGAAGCAGCUGAUGACGGCCACGGUGAACAACUCCGCCCUGCAGAAGCAGCAGCACGACCUCAUGGAGACGGUGCACAGCCUGCUGACCAUGGUGUCCACGCCCGGCGCCAAGCGCACCCCUGCAGCUAAGGAGGAACGAGUGGCCUUCAGGGACUGUGCGGAAGCCUUCAAGUCGGGCCUGACCACCAGCGGGGUCUACACGCUGACGUUCCCCAACUCCACAGAGGAGAUCAAGGCAUACUGUGACAUGGAGACUGCCGGAGGGGGGUGGACCAUCUUUCAGCGCCGGGAGGAUGGCAGCGUCGACUUUCAGAGGACGUGGAAAGAAUACAAAGUGGGCUUCGGGAACCCCUCGGGCGAGCACUGGCUGGGAAACGAGUUUGUUUCACAAGUGACCAAUCAGAAGCACUACGUGCUGAGGAUCCGCCUCACCGACUGGGAGGGCAAGGAGGCCCAGGCCCUGUAUGACCACUUCUAUCUCUCAGGCGAGGACCUCAACUACAGGAUUCACCUUAAAGGACUCACGGGGACAGCCGGCAAAAUCAGCAGCAUAAGCCAACCGGGAAAUGACUUUAGCACAAAGGACGCCGACAAGGACAAGUGCAUCUGCAAAUGCUCCCAGAUGCUCACAGGAGGUUGGUGGUUCGAUGCCUGUGGCCCCUCCAACCUGAACGGAAUGUACUACCCACAGAGGCAGAACAUGAACAGGUUCAAUGGCAUUAAGUGGUACUACUGGAAGGGGUCGGGCUACUCACUCAAGGCCACUGCCAUGAUGAUCCGGCCCGCGGAUUUCUGAAUGCUGCACACACCCAAGGGUGGUACACUGCACGGCCGUCAGAGACUCGACUCCGAAGCGCUAAAGGAUGCAGC